GGCAGGCCUGUAUGCAUAUUUGAGAAGAUUCAGGGCAACUUGGAUUUCUUUGUUUUAUUUCUCUGGUUCUUAUCCUCAAAAUACAGACACUGUCUGUGCAAAAGAUUUCAGGAUCAGGAAUAUUUGGAUACUUGGAGGCAGAAACUAGUAAUUAUGAAACUGGAGUUGCCAGAAAGAUUUGAAGAUGUUGCUGUUGAGUUCUCAAGAGAGGAGUGGAACCUACUGAGUGACCAGGAGAAAAAUCUACACAAAGAGGUGAUGGUACAGAACUACAAAAACAUGAUUUCUGUAGGAUAUAACAUCCCAGUGGAGGAAGUUUGGACCCUUAUUAUGAAAGAUGAAACGGUUCCAUCUGUUGAUACUGAAGAAGGAAUGGUGAUGCCACAAAAGCAGCGUCCUGGUUAUGGGUUUAACAUCAACAGGAAUGCAAAGUUCAGAGAGUUUCAUCGUCGACAGUUAUUGCAUGGAAAGUAUGAAGAUCCUAAAAGCCAAAAAGCUUUGCAGGAAAAGCUGUGUGGAACAAGAGACGACUUUCUACAGACUGGAAAACAAUAUCAUAACUGUGUGGAAAGCACUAAUAGUGUUAUUUGGAAAACUGAACUAGAAAUGUGUCGGAAAUCUCAUUGUGAGGAAAAGCCAUACAAAUGGCUUAAUUGCAGUAGCAGUUUUACUCUCCCUCAUGACCUGUUAAUUAAUCCUGGGAAAAGUCAAAAUAAUACCUUUGAAGCACAUGAAAAAGAUUUCAGCAGUAAGAAACGUUAUCAAUGUGCCACAUAUGUCAGUGAGAGAAACUAUAAACGCCACACAUGUACCAUAUGUAGCAAAGAUUUCAGAUCAAAAACAAGCCUGACCAGGCAUCAGUCCGUCCACACAAAACAAAAGCCAUAUCAGUGUGCUAUAUGUGACAAAACAUUUACGCAGAAGUCUAGUAUGAAACAGCAUCAAUAUAUCCACACUAAACAAAAACCAUACAAAUGUUCUGUAUGUGACAAGAGUUUCACACAGAAAAGUAACAUGAUUAAGCAUCAGUAUAUCCACACUCAAAAACCAUAUAAAUGUGCUGUGUGUGGCAAGAAUUUUUCACAAAAGAGUAAAAUGAUACAACAUCAGCUUACUCAUGUGGGACAAAAGCCCUAUAAGUGCACCAUAUGUGACAAAGAAUUUAGAUAUAAGAACAUGAUAGCAAGGCAUCAGAUGAUCCACACAGGUCAGAAACCCUAUAAAUGUGUGACUUGUGGCAAAGGUUUUACACAAAAGGGUUCCCUGAGGAAACAUCAUUAUAUCCACAGUGGUGACAAGCCAUACAAAUGCACUUUGUGUGACAAGAGUUUUAGGCAUAAGAGUUCUGUAGUUACUCAUCAGAGUACCCACACAGGGCAAAAACCGUAUAAAUGCAUAAUAUGUGACAAGAGAUUCAGUCGGAAAAGAAAUAAAGUAAUGCAUCAGCUGCUUCACAGUGGACAGGCACCAUAUAAGUGUACUAAGUGUGAGAAGGGGUUUACAGAUAAGGGAAGCUUGAGACGGCAUCAGAUUGUUCACUCUGAGCAGAAGCCAUAUAACUGCACCUUGUGUGAUAAGAGUUUCAGGAGGAAAAUUAAUUUAAUAAAUCAUCAGAGCAUCCACAUGAAAUCAAAGCCACAUAAAUGUGCCACAUGUGGCAAGGGUUUUAUGCUGAAGUCUAGCAUGGAAAAACAUGAGUAUAUUCACAGUGAGCAAAAACCAUAUAAAUGUUCUACAUGUAACAAGAGUUUUGCACAGAAAGGUAACCUGGCACAGCAUCAGUAUGUCCACAGUGAACAAAAACCAUAUACAUGUGCUGUAUGUGGUAAGGGUUUGGCAAGCAAAAGAAGUUUCCUAGUACAUGAAAUAACUCACACUGGACUGAAACCAUAUAAAUGUUCUACCUGUGACAAAAGUUUUAGACAUAAGUCAAGCAUGGAAAAACAUAAACUUCUUCACACUGAGCAAAAACCAUAUAAAUGUGCUAUAUGUGACAUGAGUUUUACAUGGAAGCCAGCCUUCAUAAAACAUGAAUACAUCCACACGGAACAAAAUAUCCGAAUGGAGAAAUAAGUCCGCAAGUAAAGGAGAGUAUUAUUAAUGAAACUGAAUUCAUCCUCAAGUCUUGGUGGAGGUG